AUGCCGUCCAAUCUCCCGUCAAGCUUUGCCUCGGCCGCCGCCGGCCAGAAUGCCAACCGCGAUGCGAGGGGUGGCAGAAGUGAUGGAAGGGGAUCCGCUGGAGGCGAAUGGUCUAGGAGAGACGGCCGCUCAGCUAACGGUACCCUGACUUUCCGUCGUUCCUCUACCACGCCCCUGAGCCAGACCUCAAACCCUCCCCCUGCGAACGACAAUGCCGUCCAGCUACCUACCGUCGAGGACCCCAUCCCACAGCCCACAACAUACGAAGUUGGUCCCUCACGUUAUACCAAGGAUGAUCUGCUUGAGAUGUAUCAAUCCCAGCGGCCUGGUGGCAAUCCCUCUCAUCUCUUCAUCUCAGGUUGGGAUCCAAGCAAUGCCAGUGGUAGUGGCGUAAGGGGCUGGGGAAAAAGCAACGAGAACCACGUGCCACAGGAUCCCGGCACCUGCUGGGAUUUCAACGGCGACACGGCACCCAUAGGGUUGUCGGGAUUCUCUCAAGACGAAAAAGAGGCCUUUUCUACCGACAUCAACUCGCCACUCAAGCCUCCUACGCAAGCUAAAGAAGGUCACCAAGCGGCAGUUAACGGCCGGAAACCAUCUCUUUCUCAUGCCCCAGGAAGCACAUUUGGCGUGAGCUCUCCAUCAUCCGCUGUCCGACCUGCCACCCGCCGACGAGAAACCGUCGAUUCCAAUCCGUUCAGCCCUACCAACAUUGCGUCGCCAACUGCCAGCCGGUUUUCGCGAGAUGACCCCCUGUGGUUUUCGCGAAAGCCCGGUGAAUUGAGAGAGUCAGAAAAUGAUGAUCCCGACAACACCGAACAGGCCCCGCGUGAUGCCCCAAAGCCGCCGAUUCCUGGUUUAAUGCGAGCCAACACGUCGACCGGUGUGAGCAUGACGUCAAUGUGGCCAUCAUCUACCGCGUCUAGUGCUGGCGCGUUUGGUAGCUUUGCCUUGCCCACUUCGCCAGCCGUUGGUGAUAAGCGACCGGGCGGUGCUCCGGGAGGCAGUCGACUUGCUCAUCUAAUUCCCAAGGACAAUACCGAAAGCGCGGCUAGCAAAUCGUCCGAAGCUCAGAAUCCCCAACAGUCUUGGAGGACUAGGCCACGAACUGAUACUGAUCCUUUCGGCGGCAGCGAGGAGGUGUCCGGCAUGUCUGGCAUGUCGGGUAGUGCUGCUCUCCAAGGCGAGCAGGAUAUUGCUCCUGGCGGUCCACAGCCACCAAGUAGAGGGAUGCCCUUUGGCACUCCCAUUAAGGGAUCUACUGGAGAUUUUGGAAUGACCAACCUAAAUUUGGGCGGCUCAUCGUCCGGCGACAAUGGUCCUGCCAGUCCUUCGGAGACAAACCCUUACCGGAGCCCCCCGACAGAACGCCACGAUCACGACGGACCUUCUGAUCUAGGCACUGGGGAUAGGGUUCAUAGCACUGGCCAUGAACAACCACACUCCAACUAUAGUACGCUUUCUAGAGGUUUUGCUGCUGCUUUUGACGGGAGCGAUCGUAGUCAGACGUCCAGCGUGGGCGCCAAAGCCGCCUAUCUGUCGUCUGGUUGGCCCGCGCCAGCUGGCCCGUCUACCGGAACCCCUGAUCGUGAGCGGUCCAAUUUUGGAGGAGCAUUCGGCAGCUCUCUCUUCAGCCCUAUUGGUGACAUCCAAUCUCCCGGCUUGGGCAACCUCGGCGGCGUGUUUGGGCCAUCCAAUACCGGUAGCAUCGGUCGGCAAAGCAAGUUGGGAUCUCUGUUCCCUCCCGCUAUGCAGGCUCAGAUGCAUGCGCAUGAGCACGAAAGCAGCCUCUCCGACUCUCUUGGCGACCUUCGGCAGAGCAACCCACUCGGUGCUAUUGGCCGAGGCAACUUCACCGUUCCUACUCGAGACACAGACAGCCCCAUGAGAUCUAAUCGUGGGGUCUUUGAGGAACUUUUCCCCUCCAGCGAUAGCUCUAGAAAUCUGGCCGGAUUUGGAACCUCAGAUGCUGGACAGCCCGGCAUCGCUGCGGCAGUGCCCCAGUCAUUCACGCCAGUCAGUGGCGGAAUGCCGUUUGGGAAUGCUCAGGCUGGCGUAGAGCCCCCGUCUGCUCAAGUCCGCCAAAUGGUAAUGCCUGAUCGGAUGCGAUGGGUCUACCUCGACCCUCAGGGGCAAAUUCAGGGUCCUUUUACUGGACUGGAGAUGAACGACUGGUACAAGGCCAACUUCUUUACUCCUGAUCUUAGAGUGAAGAAGGUAGAAGACCCCGAGUUUGAGCCUCUCGGCCAGCUCAUCAGGAGAAUUGGAAACUCUCGCGAGCCAUUUUUGGUCCCCCAGAUCGGAAUUGCUCAUGGACCUCCUAUGCAGAGUGGCCCCUUUGCACCUGGAGCUGGAAGUGGCAUCAUUCCACCUCUGAGCGGUGUUUUCCCCACCUUUGGUAGAACUCUCACUGCCGAAGAGCAAAACAAUCUGGAGCGCCGCAAGCAAGAAGAGCAGUUCCUCAUGGCUCAACAACGAGACUUUAUGAUGCGACAGCAAGCCAUGGCCAAGUUUCAAAUACAGCCAAGCCUGCAGCAUCAUUCCAGUGCUCAUAGCCUCCAGAGCCAACCAAGUUUUGGUAGCAUGACAUCGCCGCUGGGAGUUCCCCAGCAGCAACAUCACCAGUUGCCGCAUCAACAACCCAUCGGAGGCCUGGGCCCGGCGACUGUUUUUGACACCCACCCUGGUGCCGCCAACCCCGCUGCUGUCCGCGCCGCUAUGGGAAACGGGGAGCUUUUCCGACCAGAAGACCUGGUUAACCUGUCGGCCAAUGAACGUCAAAUGCUCGUAUCCUUGCAGGGUGAGCCUGCCGGUACUGAAUCUGGUGCGCCUCAGCCCAUUGGGACUCCGGGCGACGCAAGUCUACGGUACGGUCUGCCAGAAGCUAACGAGCUCAAGGAGGACGAUGAAGGUUUCAAAGAUCGUUUGAAAGAAUUUGAAGAUCUACGCGCCGAGCAUGACGCCGAGCAAGCUGCUGCCGCGAUCGUCGAGGAAUCACAAGAGAGCUCCGCAAAGCAAGAAGAAGCGACCGUAGCAACGCCCCCCUCCGUCGACCCGCGAAGCGAACCUGCCCCCUCAGCCAGCAAGCCAAGCAAAGCCUCUAAGAAGAAGGCUGUCAGUGAAGAGACGUCGUCGCUUUCUCUAACCCAGCAGGUGCAAAAGACUCAAGCCUCUGUAGCUGCUUCAGCGGCUACCCCUCCUGCUCCUCAGCCGACCGAGCCAGGAAUGCCAAUGCCAUUCCCCCCUCCAGCUUCGAUGACCCCCCUUCCCGCCCCAACGGCACAGAGAGCCAGGUCUAACUUGCCUGAGCAAUUCAACCGAUCCCAAACCGCAACUCCCGACGCCAUCGCCCAGCCUCCUCCGUUGGCCCCGUGGGCCAAAGAUCCCGGUCAGGAGGGGCAGAAGGGCCCAAGCCUGAAGGAAAUUCAAGAGGCGGAAGCCCGUAAGGCGGCAAAGGCCGAAGAAGCUGCUGCUGCACUCCGAAAGGCCGCGAUGGAACAAGAGGCAGCUCUGCUCAGAGAGAAGGAAAAGUCGGCGGCUGCCGCUGCGGCCGCUGCCAACGCUGGCCUCCCAGCAACCAGCACCUGGGGCCAAAGUUCGCCCGUGGCAUCUGUCAGCCCCUGGGCUAAGCCGGGAGCUACAAAGGCCAAGGGAACGACACCCAGCGUCGCAUCUGGUGCGGCUGGAGCCAAGAAGACUUUGGCCGAAAUCCAGCGCGAAGAGGAAGCACGGAAGCAGAAGGCCAAGGAAGUCGCUAUUCAGACUGGCGUUGGCGCCCCUGUCAGCACCGCUAAAAGCUAUGCCAACCUUGCCGGUAAGCCGAACCACGGCUCUACUCCGACGGCACCCUCUCCCAUCUUGACGAGUGGAAGUGGUUGGGCCACCGUUGGAGCCGGUGGCAAAGUGAAGAGCCCAUCUACUGUCCCGUCUCAGCUUCAAAGCCGCUCAGUUAGCAGCACCAGUGUCAAGCCUGCUUUGGCCACCCCGGUGAAGCUGGCACCCAAGUCCAUUGUUAGCAAUGUUAGCUCUACCAACACUGCCAUAGAUGAGUUCAACAAGUGGGCCUAUAGGGAGCUCUCGAGGGGGAUCACUGGCGUUAACGAUAUCACGAGCUUCCAAGCAGAUCUCGCUGUCCUGCCCCUCGACACUGGACUGAUCGCAGACGCUGUGUAUGCCAACUCUACCACGAUGGACGGACGACAUUUCGCUGAAGAGUACGUUCGACGAAAGAAGCUGGCAGAGAAGGGUGUAGUUGAAAAGCAACCCCAGGCUGAGAGCAAGGCGUCGGUCUCCGGCGGCGGAUGGAGCGAAGUUGCCAAGAAGAGCGGUGCUACCCAGACCAGGGAAAGCGAGGCAGCGAUUCAGAGUGCCGAUUUCAAGGUUGUCCCCGGCCGCAAGAAGGGCAAGAAAUGA